AUGUUUAGAAUCAUAAAUCUUGAGAGAUUGACAAAAUUGUAUGCAAAAUUUUCAAUUCCUGAACUAUUACUAGAUCAUGGUAUCGAAAACAAUCAAUUGGUGAUUCCAGAAAAAGAUUUGAAAAUAAAUUUAAGUCAGCAAAUGACGAAAAAAGGAAAUUUUACACCCCUAUGGUAUUAUGAUAAUACUGAAUUCAAUGAUAAGAACGCUGAUGAAUAUAUUCAGAAAAACCUUUAUAAUGGUGUAUCUGCAACUGUUUACUUGCCUGUUAAUUCUAAUGAUGAAAGUUCUAAAACUUACGAUUGGGUUGAUGCAAAUAUAAUUGAUUAUAAUUCUAAAUCAAAAAUGUAUUCAGCUAUCCUGUCGAAUAAUAACUCCACCGAAUUAUAUUCAGAAGUGCCUAGGACACAAAUACAUUUUAGAGGAGAAGACCCUAGAGAAUUUAUAAAACGAAUUAAGGAAGCAAUUUUGAGACGAGAUUUUUGCGAAAAGAUUAUGUUAUGGAAUAUGUACCUCGAUAAAAUUAAAAUUGAUGAUAUUCCAGUUACUUUGUCAAAUACAUUUAUAAACAGUAUACUGGUUAAUCUGUUUGAUAGUAAAAAUUUCAACGCAACUGAAGCCGAUAAAAAACUAAUUGUCGAAGAAAUUAAAAAUAAUCAUAAGAGGUUACAGUUCUCUCUUUUUCUGCAAUACAAGGUUAAACAAAAUCCCGAGAAAUUUGAAUUUGUGCGUUUACCGAAUUUUGAAUUUGGUCGUAUAACAAGAAAACAUGCACGAUUAAGAAUUGAAAUGAUAAAUAACACAGAACUUAGAAUGGGCCAUAAUAGAAAUCGAUUGAUUGCUUUACCUGAAAUAUUUUCUGCUCUUUGGUACUGUAACAUAGAAAACAUAUUGGUAAGCAAUACAAAUUUGUUUUUAAAGAGAGAAUUGAAUGGUCUUUCACUUGUAACACUUGAGCAGUUUGAAAAUUUACAGCUUCGAAAUAUUUUUAAAACUUUGAAUUCGCUUAAAAGUUAUUGGGUAAAUGGAAUUGUUAAAAAAUGUCGUAGAGCUUUGCAGCAUGUGAAAAAUGGUUGGUUUGAUAUUUUUUCACGUGAUAAUGUAAUUUUUGACUCGUCUUAUCACAAACUCGGAAAAUUCAUAAAAUUAAUUCAGUUCAUGAUGGAAAAACAGUUAUACGCAAUUUAUAUUAAUUCAGCAAAAACGUAUGCAGAUUUAAUAGAACAACCAUGCGUUUCAAUGAAAGAUAUUAAUGAGGAUUUUUCUUGGGGUAGUGAUUUAUGCAAAACAUCUUUUGAAGAAAUUACUGCUCCACCAAUAUUUUCCAUUGUACUAAAUAUGAAUAAAUAUGGGCCUUACUAUAUCACAGAUCCAGAUAGAUUUGAAACUGUGAUUGUAAAAUUAUUCAAUAAAGGGAUUAUAGAAAAUCAUGCAAUACCUGCAAUAAAUCCGUUUUUAUUAAGCUCGAAGAUGAAGUUUGUUAAUACAACCUAUUUAAUGCCAAAAAAAUUGUUUUUGAGUGAUAUGUCUGAAUUACUAAUAUCCAUUGAAAAUAAUGUUCGUUUAGCUAUAAUUCCACUAAAAUCGUACUGUAAAGAAUUUAUUGUUUAUUUGACUUUAUUUAACAUAAAUGUCCAAUCAUACGUAGAGCAUUUUUUUGAAGGCAAUCCAUCACUUAUUCAAAUAAAAGAAGAAAUCACACGGCAGAUUGAAAUGAAGGAAAUUUUAAAGGUGGAACUUCCCGAAACUAUUACAAUUGGCUUAUUUCUCGUAAACGUUGAACCUCUGAAGAAAAUAUUGGUAGACAAACGGAACAAUAUGGCAAAUUUAAUUAUGAGUACUCAUGCCAGUAAAACGAUUGAUCAAUUAGAAUCGUGUUGUUCAGAGUUCAAAGGUAUAUACAUAAGGCUCGGUGAAACUGCUGCAUCAAUAGAACAAGUGUUUGAAACGAGAGAUUGGAUUGACACACUGCCAACUAUAAUUGAAAAUAUAUCGGCUAUUGUAAAACGGUUAUUCGUGGACUUGGAUAUAUUGAAUUCAUUUUUAUGGAUAAUAGAUAAAGAACAAUUUAAAUUGAAGAUUGAUGCUCACAUUUGGCCAUAUAAAAUUGCUCUUAGAAUUAAGGAAACGUUAGAAAAUAUAGGAUUAGAAAUUGAAAAAUUUGAGAAAGUGCAAUUAGAGGAUGAAAUUAUAUUACAAGAUAAAAUAGAAUUCAUUUCAAAUGCUAUAUUAAAAUUAACCAUUGAAAAUAAUAUAUCAAAAGUAUUUGAAAUCGCCGUGGAUAUAAAUAAAAAUUGGAAAUUGAUAAGUGAACUCCAUUCAUUCGGUCAAGUGUUAAACCACAGACAAAAACUUUUUGGUCACACGGUGACACCUUUUGAAAAUAUUGAUAAACUAAUUAUUGAAUUUGAACCAUACAAGGAACUAUGGCUUAGCUCUGCAGAGUUCUUAAAACUGCAGAGCGCAGUAUUACAAAACCCAUUAGCAAAUCUUGAAGAAAGUUCUAUAGAAUCUAAAUUUGAUGAAUUGUUAAAUAUUAUUAGCAACUGUGUUGAACAAUUAGCAGAAGUACCCGGUACUCUAAGUGUAGCUAAGGAAAUGAAAACACUAAUUGAAGACUUUAAACCAAUGAUAACAUUAUUAAAAUAUAUAAUAAAACCAGGAAUGAAGCAAAAACAUUGGGAUGCAUUAGCCAACGAAACUGGUGUAAAAGUUAUUUUGGUUCCAUCAUUGACUUUUAAGAAAUGUUUGGAUUCGGGUGUUGCUAAUUUUGUAGAACAGUUGAAGAUAAUUUCGAACAAUGCUUGGGAAGAACACUUAAUUGAAAUGGAUUUAAAUAAAAUGAUGGAAGAAUGGAAUAACAUAAAAUUUGAGUUAAUUCCUUAUCAAAAUACAGGAACAUACAUUGUGAAGUUAUCCGAUGAAGAAAAAAAAAUGCUGGAUGAUCAUGUGUUGCUUAUUAAAAAGUUAUUUAUAAGUAAAUUUAGAGAAGUAUUUGAAGAACAAUUGCCUGAAUGGGAAGAAAAUUUAAAACUUGCACAAGAAUUAAUUUCAGCCUUGAAUGAAUAUCAGAAAAAAUUGGUGGAAUUAAUUCCUUCGUUUAAUAGAACAGACAUUAAAGAAAAUUUACCUAUUGAGUUUAAGAAGUUUGUCCUAGCAGAACAAAUAUGGAAAUUAGUAAUGAAAACCGUUCUGAGUAGGCCUUUGGUGAUGAAGAUUUGUAAAAAUCAACAGCUUAUGGAGAAAAUCUACAACGGCUAUAAUCUCUUAAAUGUAGCGCAGAGUAGAUUGUCAAUUUAUCUAGAAACAAAAAAAAACCGAUUCUGUUCAUAG